UUUUUUUUGAAAGCGUCAUUGUUUUUUGAGGUGUUCGUACGUUUACACCUUUUGACGCGUGCAAGAGCCUCUUUGCGUUGUGGAUGACUUCGAAGGCGUUGGCAGAGGCCCGCGGCGAGUCUGUUGAAUCGAGGGCGUCUUCUCGCCAGCAAGAGCACUUCUCCUUUGAAGUUCCUGAGUGGGCCCAUAAAUCUGGAGAGCCUCUGUCUCGAAAGUACUAUUUUGAGAUAGAAGAGCAUGGCGUAGUUGUCGGCAGGCUCCGGCUGGACGCGAAGUCGUUUUAUUUGUUUGGACGGGCGCCCAGCUGCGACGUGGUGCUGGACCACAUUAGUAUUUCUCGACAUCACGCGGCGCUGGUCUACGACCGGAAGGGCGCCGCCUAUUUGUGCGACAUGGGGAGUGCGAACGGGAGCUAUGUGGGGAACAAAUCGCUGAGCACUGGCAGCUAUGGCGAGCUGAAGGUGGGCGAUCGGGUGAGGUUUGGAUGUUCUGGCACGUACAUUUUGAGGGAGGAGGUGCAGAGCGACGACGAGGAUGUGGACAGCAAGGAGGACUUGGAUGACUUGGACGAUGAAGAUGAGGUGAACAAGAGGGAUGCGUUGGACUUGGAUAUGGUUGCGGACUAUCUCGGGCGCGAUGCGAUAGAGAACAUAGGUGAUGAUGAUUAUUAUGACAGGACACUUGAUGGGUCUAAGAAGCGCAAGGUUUCAGAGGAGCUGGCGGAGUCUGACUUGCCGGAGACAUUUGAGACGGCGGUCAUGAAAAGGCGGUUGCUGGAUCAGUACGCAGCCAUGUUGAACGUCCAGAUAUCUCGUUUGAAUGAGAGGAUUCAUGAGGAUCGAGAGCGGAGGUCAAAAGUGGACGAGGCGGAUUCUUUGGACGCAUACAUGUUACAGAUGUCUGAGACGCUAGACGAGGAGAGGUAUUUGACGAAGAAGAUGAGGUUGCGGGAAGAAUUUGAGAAGUACAAGGAGGUGAUAGAGGGAGUGAUCGAGAGGCUCAAACCUGCCGUUGAAGGCGUGGUUUCGACAUGUCCGAAAGCGCUGGAAAAGUCGACAAACAUGUUUCGCGCCAAGUUGAUGGCGAAGAUCAAGGAGACUGGAUCGAUGGAGAAGGUGGGUUCUGUGAUGCUUCCUCCGACGAGGAGAGUAGAAUCUAAAGAGUCGGCUGCAGUUGUCGGUCAGAAUAAGGAGGUUAGUAAGGCAGGAGAAUCAAGGAACACAAACGCAUCUGGAGAGUCAAGGAAUACAAAUGUGCCCGGAGAGUCAAGCAAUACAAACACGCCCGGAGAGUCAAACGAGGAAGACUAUGAAGAAUGGCGCGCACCUGCUGGACAGACGGGUGACGGAAGAACAAGUUUGAACGACAAAUAUGGUUAUUAAGAAAAAUUUCGAAGCGAGUUUUUUUUGUUUUAUUGAGACAAAAGGCGAAGUUCAGUUCCAUGUGUCGGCCAAGCAUUUGCGUUUGACUCCUCGUUUGACGACGAUUAUAACGGUCGAGAGAGUGACCAGUAUGGAAAUAAGGACAAUCUCUAGGUAAUCAUGAGACAGGCGGUCGUAGCAGACGUUUUGAGGGGAGUAAAUAUUCAAAAAUAAGUCUAAUCCGUGAGUGAAGAUCAAUGUUGUGGAUUCCAGGUUGGUGAAGUGAGCGCUAGUGGAGAGGAGCCUAGAAUCAGAGCAGCCGGGAUUAAUUAUGUUGGUCGGAAGUAGUUCGAGCUUCCUUAUUUCGCGUGUCGACUCCUCCGUCGAGAGGUCGUCUGAUUUCAAAUGGAACGCUUGGAUUUGCCCGUUCAAGAAUCCAAUGAGCAGGUCCAGAUUUGAAAUGCCGCGGAGAGUGCGGGUUAUGGAAAGGGAUCGAAUUCCGGAUGGGAGAAUCCAGGUUUGUUGUUGGAAGUGAAAUGAAGAAGAGUUGAAAAGUUUGGUGAUUACCAACUCAAAUCUGGACGACUUAUGGGACCAAUAAGCAUAACACAGCCAUUGGUUCCUGAACACUAUCCACAUACGAGGUACAGCGGACGGACGUUCGUUCGGGCCGUUGUCCUUGUGUAGAAAUUCGUGGACUGUCUUACCGUCUAUUACAUCAAUCAACUGGACACUCCAAAAUGUGUCUUUCAUACGUUGAACUCUUGUUCCGACCGCAACAAUGUUCGGAUUCAGGUAUUUGAAUAAGACGCUCUUAUUGCGCAUCGCUAUUCCCGGAGAUAGCGUGUCAAUUUCCGCCUUUGCCAAUGCCUCUACAGAACGAUUCAAUUGAAUCGCCCAAAUGCCCUUCGGGUUCAUCUGGUGUCUCAGUUGCUUGGAUAUACGAUAUCCGCGAAUUCGACCAAUGCGCUUCUCAACUGUGUAAAAAAAAUAGUCGUCUCUCAGUUCGUACUCCUCAUCAAGAGCCGGAUAGCUUAACCGCAACGCCCUUCCAUCGUAUAAUCCUGCAAGUCGGACGCGCCCUCCAAACCCCUUCAAAUCUGGCAAGGACAGCACCAAUUUAACCUCGUACGGCACCUUUGUGCAUGUGGGCGGCAGUGCACCACGGCACCUUAUUCUGCAUUGAUACCAUCUCCUCUGCUCUUCUGUGGUGUGACCUAUCAGUAACAGCUCGUGAUCACCGAGCGAAUCCUCAGUCGUCACCUGCAUAUGCCUGACUUUCAUUCUGGGCUCGAGCAUCCAAGACCACAUUGUCUCCCGCGUUUUGGUAUCUAUACCUAAUACCUUUCCAAAGUCAGUAGCUAUCACCAACAAUUUCCGAAUUCCAAACCGAUCCUCCUCUUCUGUUCGACUCUCGAGCCAUAAAGUUUUAAUUUUCUUUGCUAUUUGCCACCAUGCCGCCUUUUCGACCUCUUCAGCGCCUCUCUUUAUACCGAAUUCUGUUGGCGUAUCCAAAAACAAGGUACUCGCUAUCCCUGAUAGCGACUCAUCGCUCCACCACGUUACCUCCCCGUUCGCAUCUACGCUCUCUAAAGUCCAAUCUUCAUGUUGUACUAAUGCUCUAAUACGCGCUUCACCGUCUGCGCAUCGAAUCAACUCCACGUAGAUAAAAUCUAUCUUAUUUUCAGAUACCAA